GUCCUUCACAGCUGUGCCCCCUCCCCACUGCUCCCUGCUUGCACCUCAGCAUGGUGGGGGUCUGCACCCUCUUUCUCCUCCGUACCCCAAAAAGGAUCUUCCAUCCACUGGUGGCUCUUUGCAAACCCCUCUGCUCACAGCSCAGAUCCCAUUGCCCAUCCCUGCUCUCUUGUGUUUUGCUUCACCCCUUCCUGUCCGUACCUCCCCAAUCCCUGCAAUGUGAAGGUCCAGUUGGGGUGUCCUGGGGUCCCCACACGGCUGGGAGGGGCUGAGCACACUGCACUGGGUGUCCRGGUGCUCCUGUGGCUGGGAGCCAUCAGGAUCAGCACCACCAGGGCCACUGCUGCACUUUCCAGGCGUGGGGUGAAUCGGUUUUGUACCGGGAUCUCUUCCUGCCACUGCUGGGAUCUGGCACACUGGAACAAUUCUUGUGCUUGUGGGGGCGAGUCGCCCCCUCAGGUCAGGUACUUUCUACCUUUAAAUUGGAAAUAAAUCAAUCUUUUGUUUGUCCUCUGAGCUUCUGGCUGCAGCUUCUGCUUUCUCUUUGGGUGAUGCUCUGGGGUUUUCCUCACCAUUCCCCACGGAUGGCUGAGCCCCCUGAAUCCCUUCUGUGGGUCAGCUGCGAUGGGGAGGGKGCUCCAGGGGGUGAUCCCACAGUGCUGGGCAUGGAGGAGUUAAUUCCUGCACAGCCAAGGGGAGCACUGUGCUUCCAACCCGGAGCCCCACSGGCUGAGCCGGCCUUGGGUAGGAAAAAGGUGUUUCCUGUGCAUCUGCUGACACAAAGCUCCUGGGGACGGGGCGAGGUGGGACAGUGGCCAGCAGCCCUUCAAAGGCCAGCACGGGUCAGGCUGUGUUGCCAUGGGGGACAUGGGGAUCCCUCCUGUGAGCCCCUCGCAGGGGUGGCAGUGCCAUGGGGUGGCUCACGGGGGUCGAGGCUGGGGGUGGCAUUGGAUGGCAUCGUGCCCCUUGGCUAGAACAGCUCUGGGGGUGAUGGGGAUGGCACAAGGGUGACACAGGUGACGUGCUCAGGCAGGUACCAGUCCCUGCGUGGCUAUGCCGAGCCCCUGGACACCCCUUUCUGCUGGCAGGGCGGCAGCCAGGGCCAAAAAUAGCCCGGGCAGCAGCAUUCCCUGCUCCCCUGACGUCGGGAUCGGGGCGCCUCCUCCCGCGUUUCCUCAGGAAGAAACCCAAGGCUGGAGGGAGGAAGAGGCCGCACCACGGGAGGGACGGGACAGACGGGACAGAGGGACACCGGCACGGGGCUGGGGAGCCACCRGCACUGGGGCCCCGGUGCCCUGCUGGGAUGGGGAGCGCCCGGCCCAUCCUCUGCCUCCAGCUGUGGCUGUGGGUGCAGAGCUCUGCCCAGGAGCUCGACCCUGAGGGCAGGAACGUCUGCAGGUUCCCGGCCGGCCCGGCGUGCUGUCCCGGCUGGAAGCAGGACGGGAAGGAGUGCCCAGUCGCUCUGUGCGAAGGGGAGGACGCCUGCAGGGAGGGCGAGGUGUGCCUGAAACCCGGGCUCUGCCGCUGCAAACCCGGCUUCUUCGGAGCGGACUGCAGCUCCCGCUGCCCCGAGCAGUACUGGGGCCACGACUGCAAGCGGAGCUGCCCGUGCCACCCCAACGGGCGCUGCGACCCCGUGAGCGGCCGCUGCACCUGCGACCCCAACCACUGGGGAGGGCUGUGCCAGUUCCCCUGCCCGUGCGGCCCCCACGGCCGCUGCGACCCCCUGACCGGMGCCUGCCACUGCGAGCCGGGCUGGUGGGCACCCAACUGCAGGAAACAAUGCCAGUGCAACCCCUCCACGUCCCAGUGCGACGCCCUGACCGGGCUGUGCCGCUGCCUGCCGGGCUGGUGGGGCCGCAGGUGCAGCUUCAAGUGCUCCUGCAACAUCUCGCCCUGCGCGCAGGAGACGGGCAAGUGCGAGUGCCUGGCCGGUUUUUGGGGGCCGGCGUGCCAGUGGCGCUGCGACUGCGGGCACGGCUCCUGCAACCCUCUCAGCGGCCACUGCACCUGCGAGCCCGGCUACCAGGGUAGGAGCUGCCGGGAGCCGUGUCCGGCGGGGAAAUACGGAUCKCAGUGCGUGCACAGCUGUGGCAGCUGCAAGCGCAGCCAGCCCUGCUCGCCCGUGGAUGGUUUCUGCCUGGCCUGCCAGCCCGGCUGGAACGGGACCCUCUGCAAGGAUCCCUGCGCUCCCGGAUUCCAUGGCGAGGGCUGCCUCCAGCCGUGUCCCCGCUGCCGGUACGGCGAGCCCUGCGACCCCCAGACYGGCUCCUGCCUGCGCUGUGACCCCGGCUGGACGGGACCCAGCUGCAACAGCUCCUGCCCCGCAGGCACCUUUGGUGAYGGAUGCCAGUUCCUCUGCCCCGAGUGUGUUUCGGGGAACUGUGACCCCGUGUCGGGGGUUUGCAUCUGCCAGGCAGGCUACUGGGGAGACAGUUGCAACGCCACCUGUCCCGAGGGAUAUUUCGGAGUGAAUUGUUCCUCACCCUGCCAGUGCUCCCGGGGYACCUGCAACCCUGUGCAGGGUGACUGCGUGUUGAGUUUGAAGGACCAUGGAGCCCUUGCAGCCGCCAUCCUCGUCCCUCUCCUGCUGCUGCUGCUCUGUGUCGCCUGUUGCUGCUGUGGGGCUGGCUCAGCAGAUGCCAGAGACAGGGCGGCUGUGCCGGACGAUGAUGUGGUGGCCAGGAUGAAGCACCACGUGCAGGGGGUGCUGGCKAACCUCAGCGCUCUGGUGCCCUGCUUCAACCUGGGCAGCUCCAAACUUCCCAAAGUCACAGUUUCCCACCACGACACCGAAAUCCCCUUCAACCCCAGCUUCAUCGAGCCCCCAUCGUCUGCGUGGGUUUCGGACAGCUCCUUCUCCUCCUUGGACACCGACAACGAGGGACCCGAGUACUCCGUCCCUCCCAGAGAAGGCAUCCCGCUGCUGGGCGGGGCUGAGCUGCAGGACGGACCAUCGCCCCCUGGCCAGRCGCUGCCGGACCCCUCCGCCUUCGACUCCGAGGACGUCUCGCAGCCCUUUGCCAUCCCCCGCACCUCUAGCAUCGCCAAAGCCAAGCGACCCUCCGUCUCCUUCGCCGAGGGCACGAAAUUCGGGGCGGCCGAGACCCCCAGCCCCGGCCGCAAGCCCAAAGCCCCGUGGGGUCCGGCCAGGCUGACCCCACCGCCGGGGGACGCGGCAGCCGAGCCCCCCGGCGAGCGCCCCAACAGCGACUGCUACGAGAACCCCGARCCCCUCGGCAAAGGGGACGAAAGCCACCGUCCGUCGCCUCGGGCCACGCCGGGGGGACGGCGCAGGGUGGUGUCCGGCACCAGGCAUGUGGCGCAGAGGGUGGAGGCGCUGGAAGCGGCAGCCAAGUCCGGCAGCUGGGAGGGGAAGGGGAAGGGGAAGGAGCCCAAUGUCACCACCAUCUACAUGAUGGUGGGAACGGCCGGGCAGGACCCCAAGGCGGAGGGCACGGGCGAGGGGCCGGURCAGGCAGUGCUGAAGCGCCUGGGCAGCUUGCAGAAGGGCAAGUGGGCUGCCAAGGAGGAGCCCAAGGUGAGGAGGAGCAUGGAGGGCAUCCAGAAACCGCCCCGGCGGGCGCUGGCGCAGCGCAGGGACUCGGAGAACAGCUGCAAGCAGAGGGACAGUGUCCCGGGGGCUCCUGCCGAGCCAGCCCCCGGCAAGCAGCAGCACCCCGCUGCAAAGAGGCUGUCMCUCCUCCUUGCGUCUCUCUCGUCAAAAAACACCGGUGCCCAGGAUACGGCCGGGGAAGCCACGGAGAGGAGCAAAAGCACCGAGUUAGCUGUCAGCCUCGAGAGGAAGGGACAGGCUGCCGCGGAGGAGGAGCCCAAAUACGAGAACGUGGCCAGCAGCGGCGCUGAUUCGCCCUCCGGCCCCGGCAAAGAGCCGCCGGCCGCCCCUCCGGCCACCCCUCCGGCCACCUGAGCCGCCACCGCMCGGGCUGCGGCCGCCGGAGCCGCGGGGCUCCUCAAUCCCACCUGGGGGAGCCGCGGUCCCRCUCCGAGCUGCGAACUGGAGAAGCACCGAGCCUUCCUGGGGACCCUUUUCCUCCGUGUGGCUGCUGUGGRGCCUCGCUGGAGCCACAGCAGGGGCAGCCCGGGGAGGGGRUUUGGUGUUUGGGGUUUGUUUUCUGCUCCCCCCUGUUCUACCAGCCCCAUUUAUAUCCCGAGGGGACAGCGGUGGCACCCUCGAGUCCCUGUCAGCACUGGGGAUGUACCCAAUGCAGGGCAGCUGGGAAAUGCACAUACAAAAUCCMAAGUUUCCCAUCUUUCCCUAUCCCAAUUCCAGCGAUGCUGUAAAGGUGCUUCUCUCUGAAGGGGAUUAUUUCGAGGAGAGAUGAUGGGCUGUCACAAGCAGCUUCAGAGAAAAUUAAUUUCAGCUGCUUAUCUYCGAGGCUAUCUGGGUCUGCGGGGGUUUAUCCGUGUGGCUCUGGCCACGGCUGCCUUUGCUUUCCACGUGAGGCUCGUGGCAGGACACGGGGUGUAGUGACAGCUUUUCAAACUCCACGCAGUUCCAAGCUGAGAGCGACGUGGCAGCUGGGCAGUGACCAUCAACCUGUGCACCUGGCGCCGCGCUGAUAAGGCUGGAAGUUGCCGGGAAAAUGGGAUUUCCACGGGCACCGUAAGCUCCUGCCACCUCCCACRCCUCAUUCCUGCUGUGAAGGCAGGUUGGGCCAAAGAGGAUUUGCAGAGUGAUCUGGUUUUAGAUGUAUCUAAGUAGUAGAAGGUUUUUGUGUGUUUUUUUYCCUGUUAUUUYRCGUGGCGUGAAAGCCUYGGGAUGGAAAUUAAAUGCCCUUCAGGAGAUGGGUUUCCCAGACAUCCUCUGAGUCCAAGACACGGCCAGAAAUAUUCUCCAGAGUGUGGAAAUUGUCAGCGGCCUUUCAGGUUUUUUGGGUUUUAAAAAGUUUUCUGAUUCUGUUGAUUUCUGAAUUCUCACUCGCUGAGCUGCACCCCAAGACUGGAGCGCAGGAAUAAUGUGAGUGGGCUGUGUGUGUCCAGAGCACCUUUGCUGCAAUUUGUAGAGCUCAAUUUGAAUCCUUCUGCUCCUGCACUGCUCAGCUGGGGCUCAGGGUCUGGGAUUUUUCAGAAAACACAGURAGGUUUUGCUUUUUCCMUUUUCCUUUCCAUGGCUGCUUCUCCCCAGCGCGAGGCACCAGAUCCACACGGUCUGACGCAGCUGAAACUUCCAGUUUUGCAGGCAGCAUGAAGCACCCUUUCCUACAGUGGAAUCAUCUGCUGCUGUGAUUAUAACACCAAAUAUUCUGGCAUCCAAAUAAAACUGCUCAUCCUGGCAGGACCGGAGCAGCAGCCCGCUCUGCUUUUGUUUUGACACCGUUUUAUGACAGCGGCAGGGACGGUCCCACAUUUUGAUUUACAAGCAGCCAUUUAUUUUCCCCCCCACAAUGGGGUAGGAUAUUUUCAGCCUGUGAGCUGAGCAGUGCCUGUGCCAGAAGUGAACGUCACGUGAGCCAGUUCACUCUGGGUACAGCCYGUAAAUAGCUGACAGCAACCUGACAGCCUUCGUGCCGCUCAAACCAGCGCCCGGCUGGAGAAAACGCUGCUGAUGUUGCUGCUGAGAAAACCUCCCGUGCCCACAAAGCCAGGAUGUUUUCCCCUGCUUGGAGAUGAAGCAUCUUGGCCCUGUCUGGGCAGUGAAAGGGAAAGGAGCCGCAGAUUUCCAGCGUGUGGCUGCCCGUGCACACGCCCGCAGCGUGGCUGUGCUGGUGCCUUCUCGCUGGGGAUGCUUCUGGGUUUAAUUCGGGAUGUGGAAGGAUUGCAGGGCGGGUGAGGGAGGGAGGAAUGUCCUCCCGUGCUGGAUUUUUGAGUUUCCAAACCCGGUUUGAAGGCUGGCAGUGGGAAGGAAGCCGUGUGCAGGUGCUGUCUGUGCGCUCUGCUGGGGCAGCAAGAGGCUGGAGCUGCCCCUGGGGUCUGUCCUUGUCAUCUCAGCUUUGUCAUCUCCUUUCCCAAACUGCCCAAUCCUUUGAAGAGCACCACGUCAUUCACCCCAGUGGCUCUGCCAGAGCAGGAGCUGUCACCUCCCUUCCAGCCUAAACUCGUUCCUGGCCAGUUUCUAAAAAUGUGUCUCUGUGUCAGUGCUGUUCUUCAGCUUCACUUUAUUAUUUUUCUCCCCAUGCUGUUUACCCAAUCCCUGGGGUAUUUAUAGCUGGCCAUGGAUCACCCGAUAGCUUUUCUCCUUCUAGGAUAUGAAAACUGAGCCCUCCACGCUCUUGCUGUGGCAGAGUUCCCGUGACCCCAAACAACCUUUGGACCUUCCUCGUGCUCCUCCUCAUCACAGUUUGUGUUUCUUGGACRCAGCGCCCAGGUCUGGGUGCUGAGGUCUCCUGGGUCUGGUGCUGCCUCAGCCUUCCUCUACCUCCGUUAAACAUCUGGCACCCAUCCAGGCCGCCUU